AUGGACUUCAGGGAAGUUCUCCUGAUAGCUUCCAAAGCACAAGUGCAUCAAGCUACAGAGGAUAAAAGAUACAGUUUGGCAGUGGGUCCUCCCAAAAAAGACCCAAAAGUUAAGGGUGUCCAGUCGGCAGCUGUUCAGACUUUUCUCAGAAGAAAAGAAGAAGAGCUCAGACGAAAAGCUUUGGAAGAGAAAAGGAGAAAAGAAGAAUUAGUGAAAAAGCGAAUUGAGCUAAAACAUGACAAGAAAGCAAGAGCUAUGGCCACGAGGACAAAGGAUAAUUUCCAUGGUUACAAUGGGAUUCCUGUUGAGGAGAAGUCAAAGAAGAGGCAGGCAAUGCAAACCCACACUAGCCAGGGAACAGACCAAGAGUUUGAGAUGGAGGAAGAGGAUGAAUUCUUAGAAUACAAUCAAGCAGAGUCAGAGCAAGAGUAUGAGGAAGAGCAAGAACCUCCCAAAGCUGAAAGCAAGCCAAAGGUCCCCCUUAAAAGUGCCCCACCACUCAUGAACUUCAAUGAUCUACUCAGGCUGGCCGAGAAAAAGCAGUACGAACCGGUGGAGAUAAAGGUAGUGAAGAAGACAGAAGAGCGGCCUAUGACUGCAGAAGAACUUAGGGAGCGAGAAUUCCUUGAACAAAAGCAGAGGAAAAGGAAACCUGAGACAGAUGCAAGAUUACCACCAACCAGAAAAGUACCCUCUCAGAAAGAAAGUGUGGGCACAAAACUUAGCAAAGGUUCUGGAGACAUGCAUCCUUCUUCCAAGGGUACUCCCCUUCCUUAUGCUGAGAAGAAAUCCAGACCCAGCACAGCUAAUGAGAAACACUUGCAUUUAUCCUCAUCCAAAUCCAUGCCAGGAGAAAGGACCAAAGUAGUAUCUGGCAGUUGCGCCCAACCCUUGCCUUGUGAGGGCCGUGACAGACCUGUUUUCAAUGGGGCUGGAAAGCCCCACUCCAGCACCUGUUCACCAAGUAUCCCAAAGACUUCUGCUAAAGGGACUCCAAAAUCUGCUACUGAGCACAAAGCCAAAAAAUCUCCUCAUCCUAGCCGUUCCAGGCCUGGACCCAUGGUCACCCCACACGAUAAGGCCAAGAGUCCAGGUGUCAGGCAGCCAGGCAGCAGCUCCAGCUCAGCCCCUGGGAGGCCUAGCACAGGGACUGCUCGGCCCACGGUUAGUUCUGGCCCCGUGCCCAGGUGCCAGAAUGGCAGCUCCAACUCAGGACCCGAGCGAUCAGUCAGUGGGACCAGGAAGCCAACCAGUGACUUAAAUCCCCCAGGACGGACAGUCAGUGGUACAAGUGGCCUUGGUCGACCUGCAGGCAGCUCAGGUUGCUCUGAGCGACCUACCAGUGGCUCCGGUGGUUCUGGGCGGCCUGUGGGUAGCUCUGGUGGCCUUGGGCAGCCUAUGGGCAGCUCUGGUGGCCCUGGGCGGCCUGUGGGUAGCUCUGGUGGCCUUGGGCGGCCUAUGGGCAGCUCUGGUGGCCCUGGACGGCCUGUGAGCAGUCCACAUGACCUUCGACGACCAGUGAGUGGCUCAGGGGCCCCUAGGCGGUCAGUCAAUGGCCCUGGCCGAUCAGUAGUUCCAGCUGGACGAACUGUCAGCAGUUCAGGCCCUGGUAGACCAGUGAGCAGCUUUGCACCUGGGCGGACAGUUAGUACCUCAGGUCCCUCUCUGAAGCCCAAAUGCACUGUUGUCUCAGAAACGAUUUCUUCCAAGAAUAUAAUCAGCCGAUCCAGCAAUGGACAGAUGAAUGGAAUGAAGCCUUCCUUAUCUGGCUACAGAUCUGCCCAAGGUCCUCAAAGGCUUCCCUCCCCUGGUAGUUACAAAAGGCAGCGAGAAUAUGAAGAGGAGGAAGAUGAUGAUGAAUAUGACUCUGAAAUGGAAGAUUUUAUUGAAGAUGAAGGAGAACCUCAGGAAGAAAUAUCCAAGCACAUUCGAGAGAUCUUUGGCUAUGACCGAACAAAAUACAAAGAUGAAAGCGAUUAUGCCUUACGUUACAUGGAGAGUAGUUGGAAAGAGCAGCAGAAGGAAGAAGCAAAGAGUUCAAGACUGGGUAUGCAAGAAGAUUUAGACGAAAUGAGACGUGAAGAAGAAGAAAUGAAACGUCGAAAGGCCAAGAAGCUGAAGAAGCAUUAGCUGCUGCUUUUAUUUAUUUUUGUGAAAUUCUGAAAACAGUCUGCUGCAAGGAAGUCCUGCCUUCAGACUGAAGA